ACAAGUUCGUUUGGAACCCGUUUGAGGAAGAAGAAGGGGAGCAGGAGGUUUGACAGAUCUGCUAAUAUCCUUUCUGGUUUUUGUCUCGCAUGGUAAUGGAAGCACAGGCGUCACGGAAUUUCAUGGACGUGAUGAACUCUGAGGUCUCUACUUGCCCAAUUUGCCUUGAUGGUAUCAAACAAGAAGCAUACCUGGAUCACUGUUUCCACAAAUUUUGCUACCAGUGCAUAAUUCGUUGGGUAGAGGCUUCUACCAACCGAAGUGGCACAAGCAAGCCCCUACAUUGUCCUCUAUGCAAGACUGAGAAUUCGUCCAUAAUCCAUAGCUUUGUGGGAGUUUUUCAACGACAUUACAUUGGCAAUGAUCCUGAGAGAAGUUUCAGUCUAUCAGAUUCGCACAAGUUUAGAUUGCGGUGCUAUGGCAGUGAUCCAGGUGCCAUUUAUCAACGAUUUGAUCUUCUCAGGUACUGGAAACAUUAUAGUUAUCUGAAACAUAAUCAGUGGCUGCAUGUUUGGUUAAAGAGGGAACUUCAGUCUCUUGUUCAGGUGGAAGAUGUUGACGUCAUUUUUCAUCAUAUUCUUGGUGUGGUGGAAUCCUUCUUAAGAAGGAUUCAAGAAGAAAGAAAAAGCAUGGGUGAACAGAAACAAAGAGAGUUCAGGAUGCUGGUGAGUGAGGCUGCCAGGCCUUUCAUUUUUGAGAAAUCAGAGCGCUUUGUUGAUGAGCUGGAGCUCUUUCUUGCAUCUGGUUUGAGUGUUGAUGCUUAUGAUGAAGUUUACAUGCAAAGUUUGGGGAGUUCCAGUGCAACAGAUGAAACCGUGGAACCACAAGAACAAACUGCACAGAACAUUUUAUCAAAUUUAUAUCUUGAAGAUAGUGAUGGCUGAUUUGUGCCUUCCAUUCGUUCGUAUGUCUGGUUGUCACAUAUUUUUCUCGUGGAGAGUUAGCAGCGGAGGUCACGUCUAUCACACGGGUGGUCGGGUUCGACUCUUGAAGGGUGUCAGUUGUCAUUCCCUUACAACCUGUUUGGUAGAGGGGAAAAGGAAGGGAAGGAAAGGAAAAGAAGGUUAAUAGAGGAGUUGUUUGGAUUGAGGGAAAUGGGCGGAAGACAGAAAAAAGUUGUUUGGCAAAUGAAAAUGAAGGGAAAAGAAGGGAAAGGAAAGUUAUAUUUA